AUGUCAGGUCUUAAAUAUCAUUAUAAAGCUGGGAAAUAUAAUAUUGACGAUUUAUCCUCAGAAGAAUUUUCAAAUUCCUUUCCUGUUAAUACAACACCUGCAUCCAAACAUGCUCUUGAUGGUUCUAACUCAGGGGAACAAGAAGAAACUGUUAUUCAAGAAAAUAUUUUGCAUUCAAUUGCCAAAACCACUAAUACAUUCAGAAAUGUUGAAUUUCUUGCAUAUUAUAAGAAACUCAAGAAAAUAUGGAGAACCUGUGAAACAGAAUUGAAAUUACUACAUGAUAGGCUUUCUUCAGAAAGUGAGGAUAAAUAUUUAAGUAAAAAGUCGCUUCAAUAUUUAUCAUUGUUUGAUCAGAAUAGCGAAGCUUAUUCAGAUAGUGAAGAGGUCAAAGAUGAAAUUAUUUCAGAGAUGAAAAAAGAAGUCUGCAAUUUGGAUGGGCUAAUAGCAAAAUUUCAAUAUCUAUCUCAUGCUCUUCCUAUCUCACUAAAACAAUAUAAUGAAUUAUUAUAUCCAGAAAUUUAUAUCAUUAAAAGUAUAGCAAGCCAUCUAAGCACAAUUACAAAGAUGGAAAGAAUUACUGAUAACACUAUGGAAAGAUCAUGGACAGCCAUUAAUGGUUGUAAUAAGUCAGUAGAAGAGAUUACCGAAAUGAGUAAACCAAUGUUAAUACUGAUUGUUAGAGGACCUUCUGAAAAAUCUUCUGUAAUCAAAUGA